UCCCGCUGACCUCUGUCCGGCCAGGCGGUGCUUCCGGCUUCUUUGUCUUGGCCUCAAACAUUUCGACACUCCGGCUGCUAUUUUCUUGCUCUAGCUCUGAGGAUAUAUUCACACAUAUAUCCGCUUUUUUUCUGACAGUGGAUGACCGUCGACUCUGAACUAUUUAUGCCUAAAAGUAAAGCGCCUAAGAUGGACGACCUGGACUACAUCCCAGUAGACCUGAGCCCAGAGGAGCGCUCGGAGUUGGAGGACAUCCGGCGGAGGAAGGGCGUCCUGCUGCAGGAGAUCCAGAGGCUGAGGGAGGAGCUGAGGGAGGCCAUCCUGGAGGUGGAGGGUCUGGAGACCAGCACAGAGGGCAGUAAAACUCUACAGAAAAGCCGACACGUGGCGAUGGGGAGGAAGAAGUUCAACAUGGACCCAAAGAAGGGAAUCGUGUUUCUGGUGGAGAACGAGCUGCUCAGACACACACCAGAGGACAUCGCUCAGUUCUUAUACAAAGGAGAAGGACUCAACAAGACGGCCAUCGGAGAUUAUCUGGGAGAAAGAGACGACUUCAACAUCAAAGUCCUGCAGGCCUUCGUCGACCUCCACGAGUUCACCGACCUCAACCUCGUCCAGGCCCUCAGGCAGUUCCUGUGGAGCUUCCGUCUGCCGGGAGAAGCCCAGAAGAUCGACAGGAUGAUGGAGGCCUUCGCUCAGAGAUACUGCCACUGUAACCCCGGCGUCUUCCAGAGCACCGACACGUGUUACGUUCUGUCCUUCGCCAUCAUCAUGCUGAACACCAGCCUGCACAACCCCAACGUGAGGGACAAACCCGGCGUGGAUCGAUUCAUCUCCAUGAACCGAGGCAUCAACGAGGGCGGCGACCUGCCGGAGGAGCUGCUCAGAAAUCUGUAUGAAAGCAUCAAAAACGAGCCUUUCAAGAUCCCCGAGGACGACGGCAACGACCUGACGCACACCUUCUUCAACCCCGACAGAGAGGGCUGGCUGCUGAAGCUGGGGGGACGAGUUAAAACCUGGAAGCGUCGAUGGUUCAUCCUCACAGAUAACUGCCUUUAUUACUUUGAAUACACCACAGAUAAAGAACCUCGAGGAAUCAUUCCUUUGGAAAACCUGAGCAUCCGUGAGGUAGAAGACCCCAGAAAACCUAACUGCUUCGAGCUCUACAUCCCCAACAACCGCGGCCAGCUGAUCAAGGCCUGUAAGACGGAGGCGGAUGGGAGGGUGGUGGAGGGAAACCACAUGGUCUACCGGAUCUCUGCUCCCACACCUGAGGAGAAGGACGAGUGGAUCCACAGCAUCAAGUCGGCCGUCAGCGUGGAUCCGUUCUACGAGAUGCUGGCUGCCAGGAAGAAGCGUAUUUCUCUGAAGAAGAAGGAGGAGCAGCCGUAGAUGUGUCAGCCUCGUCCUCUUCCUGUCUUCCUCCGUUCCUUCUCCUCCACUUCCUGUUCAGACGUUUCGUUGAGCUCCUCCUGCUGCGAGGACUUCCUGUUGUCCUGUCCUGGUUCUCACACUACCGCUGUUCAACACUAAACUCAGUCUUAACUUCUAACGUUCUGACGCUCUGAUGGACCUCAUUCACACCAGAGAUGAUCGGCUCCAGCAGCUUCCUGUUCUGUCCUGAAGGGUUUAAAAACGUCCUUUCAGGUGGAAAAUAGUUCAGAGAAGUCAGAUUUAUCUCCAAAACAUUUAAAGUACAAUAAUGAAAGACAAAACUGAAUAAAAUUACUAAAAUAAUACGAAUAAAACAUAAAGACAGGCUGUCCACUUGGACCAGGAGAGAUAAACUCAUUUAGGUCAGGUUCUACAUCCAGUCCAGUAAAACCACAGCAUAGUAACCGAUAAAUAACCACAGCUCCUCAUGGUUCCUUUGUUUUAGUGACAAAAUGUUCACAUUUAAACAAGACAAAAUAUUACAAAAACUAGACACAAAAUUACAAAAACAAGACAAAAUAUUACAAAAAUGAGGCACAAAAUUACGAAAACAAGACAAAAUAUUACAAAAACGAGACGCAAAAUGACAAAAACUCGACAAAAUAUUAUAAAAAUGAGACACAAAAUUACAAAAACGAGACAAAAUAUUACAAAACUAGGCACAAAAUUACAAAAACAAGACAAAAUAUUACAAAAAUGAGGCACAAAACUACAAAAACGAGACAAAAUAUGACAAAAACUAGACAAAAUUACAAAAGCUAGACAAAAUAUUACAAAAAUGAGGCACAAAACUACAAAAGAACAAUCUAGUAUUUUACUUUCUGAUCUAAACAACUUGUCAUGGUCUAGAAAUGAUUUUAAAUUUAUAGUUUUACUAAUUUACAAUCUGCAGUUAAUGUCUUCUCUGUAAUUUUUACACUUUGAGGGCCGGAUUGGACCCUCUGGAGGACCACUUUUGGACCACAGGCCUCAUGGUGGACCCUCUGACCAUCAGGCUUCUUCUGUCUGGAAAUGACACUAAAGGCAGGAAAACAUGGAGAAUUAAAUGAUUUCUGUGGGUCCAGAAUGAUUCAUACAUUGUAAUAGCCACAAACCUUCGAUAGUUGUUCUGAUUUCAGCUGUAAGCAGCGUGAACGUUCAGAAAGCUGCUGAUUGGUCUGCUGUGGUGUGAAUGUGGUUCCUGUGUGUUCUGGCUAGCAGCGCCUCAUGAAGUCCUCUUUGAUUCUAAGUUUAAUAAUGAGCUUUUCCACUGCAGGAACUUCCUGGUCGUCUGAAGCUUUGAGCGUGUUCGGACCUUAAAAACAGAAACCACCUGUAGAAUCUCUUUAAGUGCCAUUUUCAGGUGAGAUAAAAGGACCUAAAAGUUAAAUCUGGAGAAGACAAAAGGCUCGGUUUGUCUGUUCUGGCUGCCGUUUUCUCCUCAAACAUCUAAACUUCUGUGUUUCACUAAUAGUAUUUGUUGUUUUGCUGCUCUUUGUUGGAUUCAGAAACAGAAGAACUGAGAUUCCUGCAGUGGAAAUGAUUUAGAAAAUGCCUUUUUCUCUUUUGUUUUAAUGUGCAGACGAAAUGUGAAGUCAGUAUUGAAACACUGGGUUUUAAGUUCACACCACUGCUGAGGUACUGUGAGGAAAAAACGUCAUUUACUGUAUAUUUCCACGACGUUUUAAGAAGCGUAAAGUUAGCGGAGAGGCUUUAAUAAGCAGUUUACCGAGACGAUAUUUUAACUUUAGCAUGUUUCUGAACAUGUCUGAGCAAUAGCCGAAGUAGAAACUAGUCUGGAGGCUCGUUAACGAACCCUAAUAACACUAAUACUGAGCAGCUUGUUCAUCAUCAGACGUUAGCCGUUAGCAUGCCACACCUGUCUCACCUGUCCGUUUAGGAAUCACAAAGGCAGCUCAUCACGAUGUACACUUUCUGUAAAUAGACGUUAGCAUAUUUGUUUACGACACACAUAGAAAUGAUUUAAUUUAUUCUUUAUCUUUUGUUAAGAUCUGAUUUUUGUACGAGCUACUGUAUGUAUUACUGCAUGUCGACCAGCGGGGGGCGCCGCCGGUCACUCUAGUGCACUGAUUUGAGAAGGGUUAGUGUUCUUUGUUGACUUGGAAAAGCUAAUUUUAUGCUACCGUUCAGAGGUUUGGGGUCGUCUAGAAACGUCAAAAGCUGUUGUUUUUCCAGUGAAUCUAAACCCAGAUCUAGAUUCUGGAGGACGGUUCUGUUCUGAUUUUUAAUGGUUAAUUCAGACUACAGGGUUAGGGUUACCUCUGAGACUGGUAUUAUUCCUAAUUAGUACAUAACAAGAGAUAUCUGGAGAUUUGAGAACUUCUCACCGUGUUUGGGCUCGAUGGAAAGCAGUCGAAGCUCCUCAGAAGCCAGCGGUUCUAUUCUUCAGCCUUAAAUUCAUGUAAAAAAAGUUUUAAGAAUGCACAAAUCUCUACUGUUUGAAAUGUUUUAGUUUUCUUUCAACUGAGCUGAACAUGAAAACUAAACUUUUAGAUCAGGAGCAACUGCAGAGACUCGAUCGGUUCUAUUUUUGAGCCUUAGAUUAAUGCAAAGUUAAAGAAAACUGACUGUUCUAAUGCUACAUUGUGUUAGCUAAUGGAAACCCCAAACUGUUGAACGGUGGUGUAGCGAGGAAGUCGUUGAGGUUCUUUUUAGUUUUUUCUUUGACUAAAUGUGACCGAAGCACAAAGCAGAGAUCAAUGAUUGGCUGUCCGAAACAAGGAGCACUAACAGACAUUAGUUCAUUAUCGAAUAGUAAAAGUCUAAUAAUGAAUCGGUUUAGGUUUGUGUCCAGUGAUAGAUUCUUUUGCUUGACAGUUCAUCUUAGCUGGUAGGAAGAUUAAACCGUCUACUGCACUUUAUCGAUUUUAGCAUUUUGGAGAAAAUGCUGUUACUCUGACUGACGAUACUCUGAGGCCAGCGUUAAACUGACAGCGUCUACGGAGGUCUGCCAGACGGAAACUUGGUCGUCUACGAAUUCACAAAUGUCCGACGUGUACGGCGGCAAUGGUGGCCGUGCAUGGAAGCCGCUCAGGACUGCAACAGGAAAACAGUAGAAUAAUCAUCAGGAAUGUUUUUGGUGACGCCUCUUCCCAGUGUUGGACUUUAAAAAGACAAUAUAAGAAGUUAAUUCAGACUACAGGGUCAGGGCUAGCUCUAAGACUGGUAUUAUUGCUAAUUAGCGCAUAGCACAGGAUAUCUGGAGAUCUUAGAACUUCUCACCAUGUUUGGAUUUGAUGGAAGGCAGUCAAAGCUCUUCCUAAGUCAUGCUGCAAUUACUUAAAUUAUGAAUUAUUUAGACAUUAAAGAUGGAGAAUCUCUAAAAAUCAAAUUUGGAUUUCCUGCUUCUUGUGCCGUCGACUCACUUGUGAAAUUUCGAGCGACUUAAGUUCCGUCUUGCAGACUCGUGGAAGCAGAAAGCAUGAAUUUACCCUCUCUAGUGCCCUCCACUGGUAGAGUCUCACACUGCAAUAUGCUGAAGGAUGGACUCAUUACCGCCACCUGCUGGUGAGUUUCCCACCAGCAUGUACUGUAUCUGUUGAUCGUCCUGUUCUCAGACAGAUCUGGGGUUGCCUUCUUUCUCCACCAGACGUUCUUCUUCCAUGUUCUGUCUGUAGGCCUUCGCUUUCUGGGGAUUCUUGAAGUGCAAAGUUGCCAAAAAAUAAUAAUUCUUCAUAUUUUUUUCCAUUUAAACACUAAACGGAUCAUAACGAAGCUGUUUCUCCGAUUCCCUCUCCCCCCCAGAGCCGCCUCCUUCAGAAAGCGUCUUUAUUUUGUGUUUAUUUAUUUUUGUUGACUGAGGUGAAGAUUGAAAAAUCAUCUGUAAAUGUAGCAAAAGGAAAAACCACAAUGCAUCGGUGCCAGUAAAUCCUGUGUAACAAUAAAAGGUAAACAGAC